AGCGAGAAGAGAGAGAAAAAUCUUAGGUGAUGCUGGUAGUAGAUUACAUCGUAUAACAGCUACUCAUAAUCCUUCUUUAAAUACAGUAGGAGAAAUUUCUUCUACUUUAACUACACCAUUGACUAGUAGAAGGUCCUCGCCUCAGCCCAGUCAAAAGUCUUCGCCUACCACUACCGAAGCACCAGAUAAUCCCUUCUCACCAAAAAGAAAGAAUACUGGAAAUUAUGAUGCUUCAUCACCAACAAUAGUUCCUCCUUCAGUUGUUGGUUCAUCCAACACAACAUCUGAAAAAACAUUUCCUAGUAUUAGAGUUAGUGAUCCUCCAGAUUGUUUUGAGACAAUGCCGCAAAAUAUAUCACAAGAAGACAAUUAUCCAGUUCAUCCGACAACGCCAACUAGAUUUCCUUCUGGAAUUCCUUCUGUACCUUCAACUCCCUUGACUCCAUUACCAUCAACAGCUAGUAUGUUAGGUGAAGACGAAACAAAUGGAAAUUAUGGACAUUUUGAUAAUCAGGAUGAAUACAUUCGUCAAAUUUUAGGGAAUUUUGCAGCAGGAAAUUAUCAAGCAAGAAAUAGUAGUACGACCUCACUAGCUUCAACUAUAGGAGGUAGUGAAUAUCAAUUUAACCCGCAGCAAAUUGGUGGAAUCCCUGGAUUAUAUACAGCACAAGAUGAAUAUAUUCAACAAGAUAUUUUACAACAACAACAAUUGCAGCAAAUUCCUUUUCCUUUUCAACAAUUCCUUAAUCCUGAUAUGAAAUUUUUAAAUCCGUUUGGAGGUGCAAGUCAACAACAGGUGGAUUUACAAUCAAAAUUAUGGCAGGUUAUACAUUUUGGUACAAUGAUAUUAUUAGGUGGUUUAAUUGCUUGGGCCGAAUUCUUGAGAGAAAAAGGCGCUUGGACUAGAUUUUAUUUAUUGAAUUAUGAAAGGCCGGAAGAUAUAAUCGCUACUGAAAGUAUUCCAUAUAUGAGAGUAUUUUGGUACUUCAUAACUGUGGAACUUAUAUUGCAAUCUUCUAGAAUGUUCUUUCAACAGGAUCGAGUAUUUCAAGGUUCAACAUUGGGUCAAUUCGCUCGUAAGCUACCUGCACCAUUUUCUGAUGUACUUACUGUAUUAUUAAGAUAUAAUUUAAUUUGGAAUAGUCUUUGGGAAGACAUAUAUUUUACACUUAGAUUCAAGAAAAUAAAAUUGGCUUCAAUUGUGUUAAACGUUGCUUUUUAA